AUGACCAUGGCCCCAAUAAAUCGCUUCCAGCAUCCUGUGGCAUCGAAUUUUGCUGAAAUGGUAUUUGAAAACACGCGCAAUAACGAUUCGAAUUCGGAAAAUCCGAUAUGUAACCCUUCAAUACCACAAAAAACAAAAGAGUCUGAGAAAUAUAUCAGGGAAUUUUUGUCAACUGUGCGACCAGGACUUCUUAAAAAACGUGGUAUGAAAGCACUGGUGUCGGCUAAAGAAUUAAUUCUGCAAACAAAACAUGAACCUCUCAAAAUGGAUGUUGAUGAUGAUAAUAAUGGAUGUGAAAGUAUGGAUUGGUCGACCCAUAGCGGAACUGUGACAAGAGAGUGUAGUUUCAUAUCUGUGGCAGACAUGGCUGUAGAUGAUCUAUCGUCAUUAUUUGGAGACGACAAAAAAAUUUGGAUGAAAUUGCUGCAAUUUGAAGAAAAUUAUCGUCCUCCAUAUUACGGUACUUGGACGAAGUCGAGCAAGAUUAUUUCAGGCAGACGCCCAUUUGCCAAGGACACUAGUAUCAUGGAUUAUGAAUAUGAUAGUGAUAUGGAAUGGGAAGAAGAGGAAGAAGGUGAAGAAUUAAAAAGUGACGAUGAUGAUGAUGAUGAUCCAGAAGAUGAAGACCCUGGAGAUGAUGGCUGGAUCGUGCCUACGGGUUACCUAUCCGAAGACGAAAUUGCCGAAGAAGCUGAUGAAUCUGCGUCUAUUACUUCUUCUGAAUCGUCACCUCAGCGGGAAGCUACAAAGAAUAUAAUCAGGCGACCCAGAGUAAUUGAACCAUUCCGUCCAUUAGUUAUCGGUCCCAUAUUAGAGGAAAAUCUCGGUGAUAGUAAUCACCAAUUAGUUGAAUAUAGUACUAAAUUCUUGAAUGCGAACAUAAUCUUGCCAUAUAACCCUUUUGAUUUUCCGAUAGCUAAUAAACGCAAGGCAAAAGAUUCGAACAUUGAAGAUACUUAUGAUAAAGAACAUUCACCUAAUAAAUCUCGGAGUAAAGGAAAGUCAAAUCAAAAGAACAAAGAUCAAGCUAAAAGUAAUGAGUUGAACUUUUAUCAAUCGCAAUCCAUUACUUCUUUAACGUUAACGAUGUCUUCGGAACAAUCCAACAACCCGGUUAAUUCUCAAAACUUUGAUGAAAUUGAUUUCAAUAACGAGUCUUUUGAGCAAGUAGAAGACACUGAUACACUUCAUAUUAUGGAUAAUCAGUACGUAUUUAUUGUACUUCCGAGCGGUAAUAUUAAGGUGCUUAAACUGCAAAAGGAUACAACUGUGUCAUUAGGAAAAUUUGGUACUUUUCAUACAAACGAUAUAAUAGGGAAACCUUUUGGUCAUUCUUACGAAAUUUAUGACCGGGAUAAAAUAAAAAUAAUUAGAAAUGUCGCAUUUUAUGAAGUUGAUUUAGAUGAAUCUGAUGCAAAUAAUCAGCAAACAAUUGAUGACCCAUCUAAACAAAAGUUAUCCUAUCAGGAUAUCGAACAAUUAAAAAAGGACGGAUUAGAAGGACAGGAUAUUAUCAAGAAAGUAAUCGAAAGCCAUUCAUCAUUUGAUAAAAAAACCGAAUACUCUAAAGCGAAAUAUAUUAAACGAAAAGAAUCAAAGUUUUCACGCGUUUUUACUCCUGUACGACCAACAUUAUAUUCGGUAUGGGAAUAUUUCUAUGCAAAAAAUCCCUCAAAAAUAAGAGAUAUGCGCAUAGACACACUCUCUCAGAUGUUAACAUUAUCAAAUGUAAGAGCUAACGCGAAAAUGCUAGUUGUAGAUGAUACACAAGGGCUGUUAAUUACAGGCGUCAUGGAAAGAUUAGGAGGUUACGGUGUUGUGCUUGGUAUACAUGACGGCGAAAAUCAUAAUUAUGACAUUGUAAGAUAUAUGAAUUUUUCGAAAAAGGUUAAUGAGUCGUUAAUGGUAUUAUCUUGGCAACAAAUUUUUAAAGAAGAAUCUCAAGCGCCAUUUAAUUAUCAAGAUGAAUCAAAACUAUCCGAAAAAGAACUUAAAUUUUAUCUGCUUGCAAGUCAAUAUCAGCCAGAAUCAAUCUUGGAUACGCUAGUUCCUUAUUUGGCUGGAUCAAGACCAAUUAUAAUUUAUCACAUUAACAGAGAG